GUCCCCGUCCGCGUCGUCCGCCUCAUCCGCCUCGCCGGCGCCAGCGGCCUCGCCUACGCCGCCUACAAGAUCCACUGGCGCAUCGUCCUCGCCAGCUUCUUCACCGGCCCGGGCAAAUUCAGCCGUAUCCUCAUGCUCAUGUUUGCCUUGCUGAACCUCAAGAAUAUGCCCUUUGUCUGGACCUACCGAGUAUGGCACGCAAUAAUCUACCACCUCUUCAUCCGCAAAUCCCCCCGCCUCGGCCCGCGAUCCCUCUUCCGCCCCAUGAUCUCCCAAUCCCACGCCCCCAUCACCGAAAUAGACUACAACAUCCACAAGUCCAACUCGACCUACUUCUCCGACCUCGACGUCUCCCGCACCCACCUCUGCACCUACCUCCUCGGCCCCGGCUUCCGCCAACUCACCCACAACGCAACAACAAAGCUCGUCCUCGACCCAAAAACCGAAAAACCCGCCCGCGGCGCCUUGGGCAUCAUGCUCGGCGCCGUACACUGCUCCUUCCGCCGCGAGAUCACCGCCUACGCCCCCUACGAGAUGUGGUCUCGCAUCCUCUCGUGGGACCGCAAGUGGUUGUACAUUGUCACGCACUUUGUCCCCAAGGGCACCGCGCGUCCUACGGAAUGGCUUGAUCCAAAGUUUGGCACGGCGAGGGUGCGGAGGAAUACCAGCGGGGAUGCGAGCGGCAAUAGCGCAGACUGGGAGAAGAAGAUUUACGCCACGGGCGUGAGUAAGUACGUCUUCAAGAUUGGGCGGUUGACGGUGCACCCGGCCGUUGCUCUCGAGGCGAGCGAGUUGCUGCCGCACAGGCCGACCGAGGGUGGGUGGCAGGGCGGUGAGAAUGGUGUUGGGGAUGAGAGUGUUGAUUUGAGUGAUGUUGCGGACGAUGGCGCGUGGGACUGGAAGAUGGUUGAGAAGAGGCGGCGCGAGGGGAUGAGGUAUGCUGCGCAGUUUGCUGCCAUGGAUGACCUGCACGGGUGGCUUGAUGGUGCGGAUGGUGGUGACGGAAGUGCGUUGGGCAAAUUCGGG